AGACAUCGCUAGUUUAUUUUCUGAUCCCUGUAAGUUAUCACAACCAGAUUCUUUUUUUCAUACAUAACGUUGCGCAAUAAAAGAAGAUCAUGAUGGAUAUGAUAUAAUCGCUUCUGUUCCAGCUCCAGAAACAACAUCUGCGCUACACUGGAGCUCAACCCGAUCAACCUUCAACUGGCUGGACAAAACGCCCAGAUAAGACACCAGGAGACGGAUGGUCAUGAAAAUAUCAAACUCAUCCCGUCAGGCGAUUCCCACGGGAAAUGGAUGGUAUGCCGUUGAGCAUGGGUAGCUUGCGGACGCUGCCAUGGUACGUGGCGGGCUCUCAGGUGCUGGGGGUGGCUUGUGUGGUGAUCACAGGUGUGUGGAUGGGACAUUACAGAGGAGGCUAUGCCUGGGAUGGCUCAGCACAGUUUAACGUACACCCUCUCUGUAUGGUCCUCGGUCUGGUCUUCCUUUAUGGAGAUGCCGUUCUGGUUUAUCGUGUCUUUAGAAACGAGACUAAGCGUUCAGUGAAAAUUCUCCAUGCUCUGCUGCAUAUGAUAGCCCUAGUCAUCAGUAUUGUGGGUCUGGUGGCCGUAUUUGACUUCCAUUCGUCAGCUAAGAUCUCUCACAUGUAUUCUCUGCACAGCUGGUGUGGCAUGCUCACUUUUGUGCUGUUUAUCCUACAGUGGUUGCUGGGACUGGGAUUUUUCCUUUUCCCAUGGGCCUCUGCUCAGUUGAGGAGCUGGUAUCUCCCACUGCACGUCUUCUUCGGCCUGUUGCUGCUGGUCAUGUCUGUGGGAUCCUGUCUGCUGGGAAUCACAGAGAAACUGCUCUUCAGUAUCAAGGAAACUUACCCCAGGUUUACUAGUGAGGGGGUCCUGGCGAACACUUUAGGCUUGUUGCUGGUGUGCUUUGGUGUCGUGGUGGGUUAUGUGGUGACGAGAGAAGAUUUUAGGCGACUGCCGAAUCCCGAGGAGGAGGCUCUCUCCGUGCACUUUAAGACCCUGUCGGAAGGAGAAAUCCCCAGUUCUCCCUAAUGUCUUAAUACACUCCAAAACUGCCUUUCUGCCCUCCUACUUGUGUCCUAGCAAACCUGUCAGCCAGUUCCUCCCUUUGCACUUUCCCCCAACCUUAGCAUUAAAGUUUCUCAGCAACAGUUAUUACCAAGUUAUGACAGGAUUAAAUUGUAGGCUACAGAAAAAAUGAUGUUCUUGUUAUUAUUGGCGUAUUUAAAUGCUGUAUUUUUUUAGGGUUAGGGUUAGGGUUUUUUGUUAUAAAGUAAUUUCUAAUUGUGCCAAACCAAAUUAACAUGAAGAAAAAAAAAAGAUGUAAGUUGUAUAUACAGUGUCUGUAAAUGUAUUAGAUUCAGGAUGUACUUUCUUGUGCCUUAACAUUUAUUUGUACCAGACUGUACUGAAAAACUGAAAUACUCUAUAAUGAUAAUUAUUAUUAUCGUUUAGGAGGCACACCACUACAUCAGCAAAUGUUUAUUAUCAGUAAAUGUUAAGAAAUUUCCCCUGAAGGAUUUUCAACAUUUGUUUUAUGUUACAGACUAAACCUAUCAUUAUAUGCAGAAACCUGCUUUAUGCCAUAUUUAUAUGAAAAUAUAUCACAGCUCUGCCUGCAUAAAUUACUGAAAAAUACUUGAAAAAAUGUUGAUUUGUUAAGAUUGAAUUCUCUAAUAUCCAAUAUCUGCAAAGAAAUCAUAAUAAUAAUCUUAUUUAUAUUAUUCAACUGAAAAAAAAUGUCUUUUUUUUAUCCAAACAGUGCAGUUAAAUAGUGAAAGUCUUUUGCGUAGUGUGGUGGUUGUCUUGCUGGUUAAAAUCAGCUUGAAGAGGAGAGAUACUGACUGUUUUACACUGUUUUGUGUGUGUAUGCUGUAAACACACACAUUCUGAAAGAGUGUGUUCAAAUGAUCUGUAGGUGCCUUUGUACUGUAGUUUUGUGUCGGCGUGUUGUGUAGUGGCAAUAUUUUUACUGUUUUCAGAUUGAUAUGAAAUAAAAUAUUAGUAAGUAUGUGUUCGUAAUGCUUGCUUUAGAAGUUAAAUGGGAUUUAAAAAAAAAUAAAUUCAUGAGAAAUAA